AGCCAUGUCCCCUCCACCUUCGCCGUACGACUCCCCAACCUUACCUGCCAUGGAACCGGCCCCAGAGCUUAAGGAAAAUGGAGAUCUCUCUCUCAUACGUGCUCAUCGAGGGAACGUCCCAACAUUACCACAAACAAAGUACUGUCCCAUUUGUCCCGCAAAGUUCACAAGAACGACGCACCUGUACAGACAUCUUCGUUCACAUUCAAAUGAACGUGCACAUCAUUGCGAGCGGUGUGGUGCAGAAUUCACCAGAAGCGACCUACUGACUAGGCACAAGAGGACAUGCGGCGAUCCUUUCAUUACUCGUCGAUCUCGCCGAAAGUCUUGCCAGGCUUGCGCAGAUUCCAAAAUCAAGUGCAAUCUCGAGAAGCCAUGCUCAAAAUGUGUUUCUCGUGGCCGGAAAUGUGUCUACAUCAAUGAUCCAGCGGACUCCCGCGACAAGAAGAAGAACGUCAAAAAACGUCGCCCAAAGAAGCCCGUUCAGACGAAAGAGCUUCCUGCUGAAAGUUCUUCAGAAUAUCUUUCAUCGCCGACGUUUUCAUCCGAUUCACUUCCAUCUCCUCACAACAGCGAGAUAUCACCUACAGUUCAUUCAUUGGCUGCUGAUAGUGGCCCGUUUUCCUCGUCUACUCCCCUAGCGUCUUCCUCCUUAUCGGAUGCCUUUGACGCUGUCACGAUUAUUGAUGGUGACGAUGAACUACAACUACAUGAUCCCCUGGGGAAAAUAUUCCCCAAUAGCGUACUUGAUAACCUCCUCGAAAAGUAUUCCUUCUCUUCUCCAGGCACAACACAACCGCCACAGGACCGGGACCUCUCAUGGUUCGCAGCAAACGGCACCCCUGGUCUAAGCGGCGACUACUUUUCCUUUAUGCCGAUUUCCCUUAGCCCUGAUUCUACGCCGCCGGACUAUGAAUCAUUUAUGCGUAAUCCUUCGCCUACUUAUACGGCAUCUCAAGACUCACUCGGCACCUCUCUGCCGCUCGAUACAGAAAAACAGCAAUACCUAUAUCUAUUCUUUUCGGCGUUUUGUACACAGAUCCCUUUAGUUCACCCGGGUUCAUGGACGAUAGAGGAUAAGCCUCCCGUUCUUGCCCGUGCGAUGCAAGCAUGCGGUGCGCUGUUCCUCAAAACGCGCCGAGCCGUAAAUUUCAUAACCGAGACUUUGUCUUCGACGCGGGAUGCCCUCAUCCAUGAAUUUACCAAAGUGCCAUGUAGCCCCAAGGAGCAGGAUUUCCUGAUACUUGCCGUUGUGUUACUCCAGACUAUUGGUCUCUUCCACCAACGUUCCGAUUUUCGGGUUUCGUCUAAUGUAUAUCAUGGGAUGCUAGUUAUGAUGAUCCGCCGGACAGAAGCCAUCGCUCGCUCACGUUCUUGGACCGCAUCUGAUUUGAAUGACCCUUUUGUUUUGGAGCAGACCUGGAGGGACUGGGCGCUCCACGAAACUGUGAAACGCGCACUAUUACUCUCAUAUCUCCACGAUUGCUGUCAUUCUGUCUUUUUCUCGAUGCGCCCGUCGUUUCAGACUGCGGAAUUUGACAUGAAUCUUCCGUGCGACGAGGCCAUAUGGAAGGCGGAAACUGCUGCGGAGUGGAUUGAUCUGUUGCAGAAACCAUCGCCGUACGGUCUGGGAUCAGCUAGACUAUACGGUGUCGGGAUGCAGCAAGCUCUGGCUCAUCUCGGCGAGAUGAGACUCCCGACGUCACUGACACCCUUAAAUCCCUUCUCACAGUUCAUUCUGAUUCAUACCAUCCUCCGUAACAUCUACUACUCCUACUCGGUCUGCGAUUCGGACAGUGCCUCUUCUACUUCACCCGAGCCGGUCGGCAAUGAAGACCGUCGAGGGAGUCAGUUUGCAGCCCAAUACACUUUGACGAACUGGCUUCGCAUGUGGAUGUCCUGUCCGGAGGCGGUGAAACCGGAGGAUGGUGAUGAGCUUGAUGAUGAUGAGCCACCUUUUGCGCAGAAUGCCCUUCCGUUCUAUUGGCUGGCGCAAAUUUCACUCUUGGCUAUCCAAGAAGGUGGGUCUGCUUGGACUGAAGGAGCCGUGGAGAGUAGGUUUCAUGUUAUGAAGGAGUGGCUGGAUCGUAUUCGGUUCUUUUUGCGGAAAGAUAAAGAGAUUCCUCCGCAUUUGUGGGAGGAGCUGAUGGUGAUUCGACGGCAGGUCUCGCAAGUUGAGAUGACGGCCUUGGAGGACCAUCCUGAUGGUCUACUUUCUUUCUUUCCCGAGCACUAACUAAUUCUGGAUAUGACAUUGUUAUAACUUGUAUGCAUCUAGAUGCCUAAAGGUCGGUAUCUGUAUUACUUACUGUUCGAUGUACUACUAUUCAAAGCUGUCUCAUAGAUUCAUGUAUGCCUUAUUUUCUUUCCCUACUACCUGCAUCCCUGUAGACAGAGAUCAAAGUAUUGUAUUGUAUAGAUAUUCAUUGCUUUUUUCGGGUGAGAGCCCGAUUAUCACCGUUU